AUGUUGCAGGGUUAUAUAGAUCAACUAUCAGUAAGUUCUCGAGCCAAGUCUUCUUGUGAAAUACUCGAAGAGGCUUCACUCGAGGCAUGGUUUACAUUCGAAAAUGUAAGAUUGCCACUUCUCGACAUUGGACCCUAUUCAUUAUCAGUUACUGCCUCCGCAUACACCAUAAUAUCCGGUCGUUGGUCUUCUCCAGCAAUUUCGUUCACUGGCUCGAAUACUUCAUAUUUUCAAGCAAUCGGCUUUACUGCUCUUCGCAUUUCCAAUCACGAAUUCUCCAUUAGUUUUUGGAUGUAUCCUGAAUCAUUAUCAGGCACACUUGUUCAUGUUUCAAGUUCAUUGAAUGGUACUGGCUGGUGUAUGCCAUUCAUAGGUCUCACAGGUAAUGGGUCAUUGGUAGCACAGAUAUAUAAUGGUGUCACUCUAUCAUUAUUGGGACCGAAUGUUUCUUUGAGCACUUGGUAUCAGAUUGUACAAACAUGGAGUCCUACAAAUGGCUUAAAACUCUAUGUGAAUAGUUGGAUGACAUAUUCUUGGAGUUCAGCAACUUCUUUUCUGGCAAGUGGUUCUUCGCCAAUGUAUGUAACGUUGGCUAAUAGUCUUUUCGGUUCAGGAAGCUGUCAUGGAGGAAUGCUCAACUCGACCAUGCCAUUUAUUGGUGCCAUUGAUGACUUUAGAGUCUAUGGUCGAGAACUGACAGCCACCGAUGUGUGCACGAUCUACAAUUCAUAA